AUGCGAUUCCCUUCAUUCUCUGCUAUCAAGUCCCUCCCCACCGAUGCGGACUCCGAUGCCCUCUUGAAGAACGUUUUCCAUGGCUCGUCCAGCAUGCAUGAUCGUGCCACUGCCGUCACCUCGGCACUUGGUCUGAUGUUCUUCGACCCUCAAGGAAAGCUCACGGUCGUUACCAUCCCAAAAAAGGUUAUCCUUGACAAUGGAAUGUCGGCCGGUAUCUUCGCCUCCCUCCGAGACGACCUUACCCAAGCGAUCCCCGUGACCAUUGACCCCGACGAACUCUCCAAACGGGUGAUCGGGGUGGGCAACAAUGGCCGCGCCGUCUCGUGCUGCGUCCCUCUGCUGAAGGACACCCAGUACCACCCGAGCAACGCCAAGAACGCCAACGACGCAGACUUACCUGAAGACAUCGACUUCACAGUCGAAUCACCAACCUUCUGUGCAGUCUCAGUUUUCUGCCCACUUGUUCCAGGUAGCAAGAUGCCACCGGAUCUGGACCUUACCCAAGACGUCCCUGAAGAAGUUCUUCUUGUCCUUUCGCCUCACGAACGUCUAUGGGUCGAAGUUCAUGCCUUUCUCUUCAAGAAUACGAUGGGAAGAAGCCUUUUUGUCGACGAGACACUCGUCGGCAAGACUUCUAUCCCACUGGACCAGUUUAUUGUCAACGAGCAGCUAGCUGCAAUCUCCGAGAAUACUCUCUCCACAGCAUCUGGGUACGAGUUUCGCGACGCCCGGACCGGCUCUGAAUCCUUUUACAAGUACAUUACGAGCUUCAACAGUAAGGUCGAUACGCUCUCCCGUGCCCACACCGAUGUCUCUGCCGAACCAAGUAUUCCUACCGGGGCUGCCCAACCAAUCGACCACGCCAGUAUCAUCAAGGAGGCAAUUUUGGCAUCAAAGACCACGGCCACCAAUGACGCGGCCACCGAAGCUCAAGAGCGAGUCCUCCUGUCAUGGCGAAUACUCUUUGGCCAUUUUAUCACCCACCCGGAUGGGAGUGUUGAAUACGUACUGGCUGAUUGUUCGCCCGCUUGGAAGACCAUUUUGAAGGCAAAACCCCAACUUGCCCUUCGUUUCUUCCACGAAGCCUUCGAGCAGUCCAUUAAAGGGCUCCAACCUACCCGCAAUGCUUACCACGCUCUCUUCGACUGGGAUGUCCAUCGCAUCCAGGCAGCUGGGAUGGCGGCGAUCCAAGGAGCCAGCUUUACCACCAGACCUCUGGUAAUGAACCCAUCCGAUGCACUGUCCUGCUUCAGUCUCCUUCAGUUCCUCCCUUCCGACAGGACCGACAAGGACUUGGCCUCGCAUAUUAACGAAGAUGAAGAAGCCUGUAUGCAAGAAGACAUGGGUGAGCAUGUCACCAAAAGGGCCUCCAAGAAGACAAAAUUGUACUCCAAGGGUCGCUGCGCCUCCAUUGCCGACAUCAAGAGCACCAUCUCCAACGUCGCACAACUUGCUGACUUCGCAACCGAAAACUUCUCCAUGUCCAACAACACACCCUUCUUGGUGGAACAGUUUGACACGGUUAUGGUUGCUUUGUCCCGACCUGACGCCGUCCAGUGGCAGCAUGUGAUCGACCUCACGGGUGUCGCUGUCCACAUCCUCCAUGACCUCCAAACCGUUUUCCAGGUCAUUGCCUCUGAGGCCAAGGACUUCACUCUCCACGCCGAAGCACGACCACUGGGCACCAUUCAACGUGCUGAACUCUUCUCUGGCGCAAGAGCCCAGACACAGCUCCUGCUGGACAAGAUUGACGAAGGACUACGAAAUUGUCGCCGCCCCAACUAUCCCAGGACAUCCGCCCUGAGUGCCCUGAUUUCUUCCACCGAGGCCCCCGACGCUUCGUCUUCUGGCAAACGGUCCUCCGAGUCACCAUCCUCCAAGCAAGAUACAGUCGCUUCACCUGCAAAGAAGCCAAAGCCUAGCAACGAGGAAAGCAACACCAGGGGCAUGCUAAUCUGCACUUCCACCGGACGGCGACUGAUGCCAGACCAAAAGUGGAAAGUCAACGGUGUAGAGAAGACCGCCUGCGUCAACUUCCUCUUCCGGAACUUCCAGUGCACGAAUACUCGUUGCCCUUUGCUCCAUAUCCAUAAGCGAGUGUACCAAUCUCGCCCUGCUAGCGAACAGGAGUCCUUCAAGACUUGGGUCCAAUCGACUCCAAACGUCAAAUGGGCUCCUGGGCAGGAACCACGUACCGUGGCGGCCGCAUCAGUAAGCACUCUUACCCAACAGGUCCACUACUACGCGUCUUGGUCGGCACCAAUGUCACAUUGCAUUGAUCCACAGGACGAGUGUUCUCUCCAGGACUAUCCCCCAACUCGGACAAUUUUCGACGAGCUUGACCCUGCGGACAUGCUUGUUGCGGAACGAUUCCGCCAUAUUCUGGAACAGGGCGCAAGGGUAACACCUACUUUUACUCGGUCGGAACAAUCCCAAUUUCUUCGGGAUCUCCCGAGUAGAACUGCCCUCGCUGUGGAGUCACCAUACGGUAAGGACAGUAAUGACCAAUGCUUCAAGACGGAAAGUACAUUUCGCCAUACCUUUGUUUUUCUCUACAAGAGCGGCUACUUGGACAAAACGACCAGCGAUCGCUUGGGCAAGGCUUUCUCCGGAGCCUUACUUCUUCGUCUGCUACUCAAGGGCCACGAGUUUGUUGACUUUCGGCCACUUCGCCCCGUCCUUCCUUCGGAUACACCAAUGGGCCAAGUCAUGCACAGUUGGAGCCGGAUGUUCACCGCCUGUUUGUUACAUUACAACUUGGAUGUAGCUACUGCCGUUCGCUACGUUGGGAACAUACAUACAGGGGCCCAUCGUGAUUGGAACACUUUAGAACCAGAGCUACGUGCGG